AUAGUGAUCGCCACGACCCAUAACUCUCACUGUACCAUUGUAGUGACCUCCCUUUAUGAUGAAAUAGCUUGUUAUUCUCAUUUUAGCCUAUUACAUUUAGAAUCCAUUUUGUUUUAAUUAAUAUUUCACUGUACGUUGCUCUGAAGAUACACAUGAACUCAGAUCUAGCUCAACUAUGGAGAGGCUUCAGUCGGUGCAUCAUGUAAUAGUGAUAUUAUCAGGCAAGGGAGGUGUAGGAAAGAGUACUGUAGCAGUUCAACUAGCACUAGCUCUCAGAGCACAAGGCAGAAAGGUUGGGUUGUUAGAUGUAGACCUUUGUGGACCAAGCAUACCCCACAUGUUUAAGUUGGAUGGACAGAGUGUUCAUCAGUGCCCAGAAGGGUGGCUGCCAGUUUAUGUGGACAAGGAGCAAAAGUUAGGUGUGAUGUCCAUAGGCUUUUUGCUUGAAAACAAUGACGAUGCCAUCAUAUGGCGAGGGCCCAAAAAAACUGCCAUGAUCAAGCAGUUUCUCAGUGAUGUGCACUGGCAGAAUACAGAGUAUCUAAUCAUUGAUACCCCACCAGGAACAUCUGAUGAACAUAUUACUGUCAUGGAAAAUCUUAGAGCUUUUAACCCUGAUGGAGCUAUCUUGGUCACAACACCACAGGCUGUUGCAGUUGGGGAUGUGCGGCGUGAGCUGACUUUCUGUCGUAAGACUGGCAUUCCAGUCAUUGGCAUCAUUGAAAACAUGAGUGGCUAUAAGUGCCCUCACUGUUCAGAGUGUACCAAUAUUUUUUCAUCUGGUGGAGGUGAAGAAUUAGCUAAGCAAAGUGGUGUUCAGUUCUUGGGAUGCAUCCCAAUUGAUCUGCAGCUGUCUCAAGGUCUGGAAAUAGGAAAAGAAGUGUCAUCAGCACCAGUCAUGGAUGCUAUCCAAGAAGUGGCAAAGAGACUUAUCAUGCUUGACAAAGACUUGCCUUGAGAAUCAUUAAAUUUGUCAGUUUGUCAUCAAAAGGCAUUUCAGGUCUUCAUGAAAGUGUGGUCAAUGUUUCUUUUUUAAAUGCGUUAAAAAGUACCUUUAUAAUCAAGAAAAAGUCUGACAGUGACUGAAGAUAAAAUACCCCAUACAUCUCUAAAGUUUCAAGUGCUUUUCAAAAAUUUACGAAAAAGCUGUUGACAUAUAAACAGUUGCGAUACGUUUGACUGGAAAAAAAAAUAUGUUGAAAUGAAUCAAUACUAAACUGAAUUAUUAGAAAAUGUUUGUGUGUUUGGAUAUGUCUAGACAUGCAGUCAGCGGUGAAACUGAUGUGUGUGCAUGUGUGCAGGUAUUUACGUGUGCGCUGACCUGGUUAUACCAUUAGGGCAAACUAAGCAAGCACCUGAGUCACAAUGGGUGUGUGUGUUGGGGAGGGGGAGAGGGGAAUUCAAAGAUGUUUUUUAUAAGUGAUGAACAUAGUGUACAUGACUGCUCAUGAUUCCUGUAAAUCACAGCUGUCUUAACUCUUCAUUAAUUUCACACUUCUAAGUGUCAUUAAAUCAUGCUGACAGCCUAAUGAUGGAAAUCUGUUGCACAGUUAAAUCAACAGUAUGUUGGGUUCAAAUGCAUUAAAUUCCUCUUAACCUGCUAUAAAAUAAAUAUGUCAAAAAUCC